AAAACACAUUUUUUUUUGAAACUGAUAAAACACAUAUUGGACAUUUUUGAAGUUUAGUUACAGUGGUUCGUAAAACAAGACAAAGGGACAGAAAUUAAGACGACGUGUCUUCAAUCCUGCGGAGAGCUAUUCCUACCUGUUUAUUUACAGCAAAAGAAAAAAAAAGAAAAGGGCAAGGAAAAAAAGAUCAUCAUUUCUAAACAGCUCACGUUUUGUCGCUACUUGUCCCCGGCUUCCCCAAGACCCCUCCUACCCUCCUUCCCGUUUGCAACUCCAGAAAAGUUCUUCGCCGACCUCUUUCUCUUAAGCUCCUCCCACGCAAACCGCAGAUCAUAAUUAGUCUGUCGCCGCCGACCUAACCACAUCUUCGCCGGCGGGCAAACCCAUCGCCGUUUCUGACCUCCCCCUUGGAUCGCUCUUCUCACUCCGCGCUCGCACCGGCAUUCACUCAAUCACUCCGUCCGCGUUCCCUCGCGCCAUGGCUGAUACCAACUCUUCCGCGGUGGUCGCAGCAGAAGCCGCCGAGUCGAGCCAUGGGGGUCGUGGCGGCAGGGCUCAGAGGCGCCGCCGGGCGGGCAACGACCGCUCGAUGACCGAAGAGCACGUCAGCGCGCAACCUGGGUCAUCCUUGGUGGCUGCUGGGCAAGCAGUCGCAGACGGCGCAUCUGUGUCGACGACCCGGGAGGCGUGCCGAGAAGCUCUACGGCGCUACCACGGAGCGGCGAUUGCCCUCGCUGACGAGCUCGCCCGCCAGAACCCGGGCUACACGGUGGCUAUCAAUCUCGCCGCGGGACUACACCAAGCGGCCGGAUCGGAAGCCAGGGACCUUGUAAUACGGCGCGGCGACAAGGAGUCCGUAGCCGGCGAAAAGGAGGCCGUAGCCGUGGCGGCGAGGCACUUCAGCUCCGCCAUCCUCGGUUACAACAGAGUGGUGCGCCUCGCCUCCCGUUUCAUCACAACGGCCAGCGCCCGAGCCAAAGUGUUGGCGGCGUCGCAGAAGUUCGACUUGGCGCAUGAGGAAUUCCUCCGCGCUAUGGCCAUCUCCGUCCCCGACGACCCCUCUGAUCACAACGUGGGCUAUGAUCUUCGUCGGCGCUGGACGUCGGGCGAGCUGCAUCGGUCAACUACGAGCAUGAGGAAGGACAGGGCCAAGGCGGAACUGCAGAAACAGGUCAGGGCGUUCAGGGAAACGAUAUGCACCAGUUACAUACCAAGACAAGCAACAUUCGUGUGGGAGGCUUUCAAGUCAGGCUCAGGCGAGCCCGAUGCUAUCUCUGAGGCACGGGAUCAGGCAGAGCAUUUGGUUUACUACUACCCUUUCUGUCCACGAGCACAUCUAUUGUUCGGUAAACUGGAGCUGGAGAUGGUCAGGAACUCAGAUGGGGAUGGGGAGCUGGAGAGUGUCAGGAACUCAGAUGGGGUUGGGGCAAGUCGUCAGGUCUCAGCGCUAGGACAAGUCCUCAAGAUGAUGAGCAAAGCUGCGAGUGCCUUCCCAAAGUCCGGCGUGAUUUCACUUGUCCGUGCAGAGGUGUGCUACCUGUUGAAAGAGUAUGACGCUACGGCGAGAGAGUGCUGCAGAGCACUGCAAAUCCGCCGUCCAGACGAUCCAGGCUUGCAGGACAUACCAAUUGGGUCAACAACUGGAUCUGACCCUGAUGCAAGAAUCAAUACCAUCAGGAUUCUGCUUCAAGAGUUACUUGGGAAGGUCACGUCUGAAACUCCUACUACUCCAGAUGGUGUAGAUAGUCCAGCUAUGAGCUUCAGUAAGGAUUCAGCACCUCCAGUUAGUGCAAAACCUGGAAGUGAAACUACAGUUAGUGCUCAAGACACUCAUGCUCUCAGUGGAAAUGAAGAUUUGGAGGAGCCGGCAAUGGUGGCGGAUUUGAUUAUGACAGCAAAGAAACAAACUCUUCCAAUCCACUUUGCUCGCGGCAGGUACAUCGAUGAAGGAGUAGUGAACUUGUACAAGGAGUAUUGCAUUGCCCUCUCACAAUGCUCAGAGAAGCGCACUGUCUGUCAUUUAUGUUGCUUUGAAGGGGUUUAUUGUCCAAAAAUUCUGAAGGGCAACAUGAAUGUACACUUUCACAAUGAGCAUUGGAAGGGGAAGGAAACAGUUAACUGCGAUGAGAAGAUUGCUACGCCCGCCUCCGAACUUAUGCUGAUUUUCGUCUGCAUUACUACUUUGUACAUAGGCUUCUCCCAGGCUGGUGGAAGAUCACAUAGUUAUAUGUAACUCCAUGUCUCCAACUAUGGUGACUUACUCGAAGUGGUUUAGUUUCUUCCUUGUGCUGACUGUCUAUUGUCCAGUGCUGUCAUAUUUCAAACAAGUACCGAAACACGGUUGCUCCAACUAUUUCUGUAA